AUGUGGCUGCUGCCUCUGGCCCUGGUCCUGGGCUUGUCACACGCCAUUUCUCAGGAUUUCCCCAAGAUAAUCAACAGCUCUAAUGGCAGCCAGAGUGCCCUGCCUGGAGUCAAGGAAUGCUCCCCCCAUUCCCAGCCCUGGCAGGUAGCUCUACUUGUGAAUGGACGGCUGCUCUGUGGUGGCAUCCUCAUCCAUUCCAGCUGGGUGCUGACUGCAGCUCAUUGCAGGAAGGGCCAGUACACGGUGUUCCUGGGGAAACACGCCCUGGGUUGCAGGGAGGCAGGGGAGCAAGUCCGAAGGGUCUUCCACUCUAUCCCCCACCCACUCUACCGGAGCAGCCCAACCCACCACAACCAUGACAAUGACAUUAUGCUCCUGUACCUUCAGAAGCCAGCCCAGCUGAAUGACCAUAUCCGGGUCCUCCCCUUGCCCUCCAAGGACUGCCUGCCUCCUGGCACCAGCUGUAUAGUGUCAGGAUGGGGCACUACCACAAGCCCUCGGGUGAGUUACCCCAAAACCCUACAGUGUGCUGAAAUUCAACUGCGCUCAGAUGAGGAAUGUCACUGGAACUACCCAGGGAAGAUUACUCCCAACAUGCUGUGUGCUGGAUCUGAAGAAGGAGGGAAAGACUCUUGUGAGGGUGACUCAGGGGGCCCACUGGUCUGCAAUGGGACUCUACAGGGUGUGAUCUCCUGGGGGGACUUCCCAUGUGGCCAGCCUAACCGGCCAGGUGUCUAUACUCGUGUCUCCCGUUAUGUGGACUGGAUCCGGAAUACAAUCCAGGCCUGGGAUCCCCGGAAGAAGAAGGGCGUAAAAUAA